AGACGAUAAUUGAUUUCGGAAUGUUGUUAUACCUUUGCUAUCACUGUCUAAAAUUUAAAUUUUUUAAAUAAUAAAUAGUGAAUAAGUGAUAAAUUAGUUUAGAAAAUUAUACCUCCAACUAUGGCAAUGUUUGAAACAUUAAGAAAAGAUUACAGCGAGCACUUGCAGCAUUCCUUCAAAACCUCAGACACAGCGUCAUUUGUGAAAAAAUGUACAGAUCAUUGUAUUAAUGAAUCAGAUAGAAAAUCAGCGGUUGAUCAAGCACUCCGCGAUACUCUAUUAUUAAUUUUAGCCGAAAAUUCAUCAGGAAAUGUACAAGCACUCGAGGCGUAUAUUACAUUUUGCAUUGAACUAUGCCAAAGAGAUUUGGCGACAGCAAGUGUUCCUGUAAUGUUACUGGGCGAUAUAUUCGAUGCAAUGACAUUGGAUCGAUGUGAGAGUCUCUUUACAUUCGUUGAAAAUAAUGUCGCCGUAUGGAAAGAAGAAAUGUUUUUCGGUGCUUGUAAAAAUAAUCUUCUACGAAUGUGUAACGAUCUCUUGAGAAGACUCUCACGUUCUCAACAAACUGUAUUUUGCGGAAGAAUAUUACUUUUUCUAGCGAAAUUCUUUCCAUUCUCUGAACGUUCGGGAUUGAAUAUUGUCAGUGAAUUUAAUUUAGAAAAUCAUACUGAAUUUGGAACGGAAAAAUCAGACGAUAUUUUAGAUCAAAUGAAUGUUGACGAUAUGUCCGAGAGUAAAAUAUCAAUUGACUAUAAUUUAUAUAGAAAAUUUUGGGCUUUACAAGAUUUUUUUCGUAAUCCAAAUCAAUGUUAUAAUAAAAUGCAUUGGAAAGUUUUCUCAGCGCACGCUUCAAAUGUAUUAUCAGCGUUCUCUUCAUUUAAAUUAGAAGAGCAAAGAAGUUGUUUAACAACAGUGAAAGACGAUUCGAUAAUGGAGGGAACUCACAAAGAGACGCAUUAUUUCGCUAAAUAUCUCACGAAUCAAAAAUUACUUGAACUUCAACUUUCUGAUACUAAUUUUCGAAGAUACGUUCUACUUCAGUUUCUUAUUUUAUUCCAGUACUUGAAUAGUACAGUGAAAUUUAAAUCGGAAACACACGAAUUGAAAGCCUAUCAGGCCGAAUGGGUGAAAUCGACAACGGAUCAAGUUUAUUCACUGUUAAUUGAAACGCCACCCGAUGGUCGAAUAUUUGCUGAAACUGUUAAACAUAUUUUGGCUCGUGAGGAGCAUUGGAAUGCUUGGAAGAAUGAAGGUUGUCCGGCAUUUAAAAGACCUGCGCCGGAAACAAAUGAAGAUGACACGAAGGAAACUAGAAAACCAAAAAGAUCUCGUAGAAAAAUUGGCGAUUUUAUCAAGGAAGCUCAACUCGUUGGAAAAUAUCAUAUGGGAAAUCCCGAGUUGACAAAACUAUGGAAUCUGUGUCCGAAUAAUUUGGAAGCCUGCAAAUCAAAAGAACGAGACUUUCUACCAUCUUUGGAAACUUAUUUCGAAGACGCAAUUAUCGAAUUGGAUCCAGCUGCAAUGGUCGACGAGGAGUACAAAAAAGUAAAUGAUGGUAAUUUCGGUUGGAGAGCAUUAAGAUUAUUAGCUAGACGUAGUCCACAUUUUUUCGUACAUGGAAAUUAUCCGAUAAAUAAACUUCCCGAAUAUCUGGAGACAAUGAUUAAGAAAAUUGCAAAAGAUCGACCGCAAACUCAAGUUGAUAUAAAAAUCGAAGCUGAUGAAACACCACCGCAGUCAGCUGAUCAAGAAUUCUGUGAGGAUGUUUUAAAACAAGAAUCUGAUCAAACUGACGCUGAAACUUUAGAUAAAGUUUCAAAGAUAAAUAAACUUACCCCGGAAAUGAUUGAAAAGUUGUCAGAAGCACUGAAAGGCGAUUGGAAGAAGUUAGCUACCAAGUUAGGAUACAAGGAUAAUGAGAUUAAGUAUUUUCAAGGAAAACCAACACAAUUUGAACAGUGUAAAACAUCACUGGAAAUAUGGGCCGAAGAAGUUGAGGAUGCAUCGACAGAAAAUCUUGCUGAAAUUCUUGAGGAAUUAAAAUUAUUUGAAGCAUUGGAAAUAUUGAAAUCGUGAUCGAAUAAAUUCCGGUAAUUCCUUUAAUUAUUUUUUAACAAUUUUUUUCGAUUGAAUUUUGUACAAAUAUUCAUAUAAAGAACUUUUAUGAAACAAUAA